UAAAACCACACCCAAAAUCCUUCUUCUCUGAAAACAUUUUUAACUUGUGAAGGUACAACAAUGGCCAAUAUUGCAGCAACUUCUGCCAUUACCCUUCUCUUUCUAGCACUCAAUCUCUGCAUUCUUGGGACUAAUGGUGACUAUGGAGGUUGGCAAGGUGCUCAUGCCACUUUUUAUGGUGGCGGUGAUGCUUCUGGCACAAUGGGGGGUGCUUGUGGUUAUGGGAAUUUGAACAGUCAAGGAUAUGGAACCAACACUGCAGCACUAAGCACUGCUCUGUUCAACAAUGGACUGAGCUGCGGUGCUUGUUAUGAGAUGAGAUGUGACAGUGACCCUAAAUGGUGCCUCCCAGGGUCCAUCACUGUCACUGCCACGAACUUCUGCCCUCCUAACCCUUCUUUGUCUAAUGACAAUGGUGGCUGGUGCAACCCUCCUCUCCAGCAUUUUGACCUUGCUGAGCCUGCUUUCCUGCAGAUUGCCCAAUACAGAGCUGGAAUUGUCCCCGUCUCUUUUAGAAGGGUUCCAUGUGUGAAGAAAGGAGGCAUAAGGUUCACAGUGAAUGGUCACUCCUACUUCAACUUGGUGUUAGUGACAAACGUUGGUGGUGCAGGAGAUGUGCAUUCAGUGUCAAUCAAGGGAUCAAAUACAGGAUGGCAAACAAUGUCAAGAAAUUGGGGCCAGAACUGGCAGAGCAACUCCUACUUGAAUGGCCAGAGCCUCUCCUUUCAGGUCACAACCAGUGAUGGCAGGACUCUCACUAGCCUCAAUGCUGCUCCUUCCAAUUGGCAGUUUGGACAAACAUUUUCUGGUGUCCAAUUCUAAACAAACUCAAAAGAAGACAUCUUAUUUAUUUACUUGAUAGGUGUUGUAGUAGAAAUAGGUAAGGCGCCGGCCGAUGUCGAUUGCUGUGGUGGCUGUUUAGCACCCGCUAAGCCUGGAUGAUUUGUAUCUAUAUAUACACAUGGUAUUGAGAGUGUGAGCUAUAUAUAGUUGCUCUUAAUUGCUCGCUAAAUGUAUAGUCUUCAAGUUGGAGACAUACCCAGUUUGAAUAAUUUUUGUGUAAUUUGUUAUUCAAUAAUAGUAACAAAGAAGAUUCUCUAC